CAGGAGGGAGGGGAGCUCGAAGCGCGACUGGGAAAUCAUCUCAACACAGGAGCAAAAUAACAGUUUUCUUCGCUUUAGUCCUUUGAGAUAGAUGUAAACACUUAAUAUGGCCGCAGAAACAAAGGGAGCUGAUGUAGCCCAUUCGUGACUGUUCACUCAAAACGUCCGAAAACAGCGCAAAGCGGCUCAGUGAAAGUCUUACUUUACACUCCGUGAAGGUAAAGCAGGAUAACCAGGAGACCAUGAGCGCGCAAGUCAACGACCCCGAGAGUAUACUGUGCUACCAGAGGCCUGAUGAGGAGGUGGUGGUAGAUCAGGGAGGAACCAGCUCUGUGCUGAACAUCCACUAUGAGAAGGAAGAACUGGAAAGUCACAGGACUCUGUUCGUUGGGGUCCGGAUGCCCAGGCAGAGCCAUCGUCACCACAAAGGUCAUGGUUCCCGCCACCGCAAGAGAGACAGAAGGGCAAGCAGCAUUGCAGCACAACAAAGCGAGGAGAAUGAGACAACCAGUUCUAGUCAUGACACACCAUCCCAGCGGGUCCAGUUCAUUCUAGGCAAUGAGGAGGACGCUGAACACGUGUCCCAUGAGCUGUUCACCGAGCUGGAUGAGAUCUGUGUCAAGGAUGGCAAGGAUGCUGAGUGGAAAGAAACAGCCAGAUGGCUGAAGUUUGAGGAAGAUGUGGAGGACGGUGGAGAAAGGUGGAGCAAGCCUUACGUUGCUACGCUUUCCCUCCACAGUCUAUUUGAGCUGCGCAGUUGCAUUAUCAACGGCAGCGUAUUGCUUGACAUGCAUGCUGACUGCAUUGAAGAGAUCGCAGACAUGGUACUGGACCACCAGGAGGCAUCCAAUGAGCUGGAUGACAGCGUAAGAGUGAGGGUUCGUGAGGCGCUGCUCAAGAGACACCACCACCAAAACGAGAAGAAGAAGAAUUUGAUUCCCAUUGUACGCUCCAUCACAGAGGGAGCACGCAAACAGUCAGAACCUCAUCUGAUUGGGUCAGCCACGUCUCCCCAGCCUAUUCAAUCCAACGAAGCAGCUAAGAACGGUGCUGGACAGGACAGCACUCAGGUGGACCUGAGUAAGGUGGAUCUGCACUUCAUGAAAAAGAUCCCAGAGGGUGCAGAGGCUUCCAAUGUGCUGGUGGGAGAGCUGGACUUCCUGGAGAGGCCUAUUGUAGCCUUUGUGCGCCUUUCCCCUGCUGUGCUGCUCACUGGACUUACAGAGGUGCCCAUACCGACCAGGUUCCUCUUCAUACUUCUUGGCCCUGAUGGGAAGGCUCAGCAAUACCAUGAAAUCGGUCGCUCCAUGGCAACCAUCAUGACAGAUGAGAUUUUUCAUGAUGUAGCAUAUAAGGCAAAGGACAGAAGUGACCUUCUAGCGGGAAUAGAUGAGUUUCUAGACCAAGUAACUGUCCUGCCACCAGGAGAGUGGGACCCCUCAAUCCGUAUUGAACCCCCAAAAAAGGUCCCAUCUCAGGAGAAAAGGAAGAUGCCUGGAGUCCCUAAUGGCACCGUCUGUCAGGAAGAGGAAGAGCUGCAUGCUGAACACCACGGGCCAGAACUGCAGAGAACUGGAAGGUUAUUUGGUGGUCUGAUCCUGGACAUCAAGAGGAAAGCUCCAUUCUAUUGGAGUGAUUUUAAGGAUGGUGUCAGCCUCCAGUGUGUGGCCUCCUUCCUCUUCCUCUACUGUGCCUGCAUGUCUCCUGUCAUCACCUUCGGGGGACUGCUGGGGGAGGCGACAGAAGGACGUAUUAGCGCCAUUGAGUCCUUAUUUGGUGCGUCUAUGACUGGAGUAGCCUACUCGCUGUUUGCUGGUCAGCCUCUCACCAUCCUGGGCAGCACAGGUCCUGUUCUUGUGUUUGAGAAAAUCCUCUUCAAAUUCUGCAAGGACUACGACCUUUCUUAUCUGUCGCUGCGGACUUGCAUAGGCUUAUGGACAGCCCUGCUGUGUUUACUGUUGGUUGCCACAGAUGCUAGUUCCCUGGUGUGCUACAUCACUCGUUUCACAGAGGAGGCCUUUGCUGCCCUCAUCUGCCUCAUCUUCAUCUAUGAGGCUUUGGAAAAACUGUUUCACCUGGGAGAACUCUACCCUUACAACGCAUACAGUGAUUUGGACAAGCUCACCCUGGCAUACUGUAAGUGUGCAGAACCUGAUAAUCCAAGUAAUGAAACCGUGGAAAUUUGGACUGAGAGAAACAUCACAGCCUCUGCUGUACCCUGGACCAACCUGACUGUCAAGGAGUGUAUCAGUCUGCACGGCCACUUUGUUGGGACAGCAUGCGGUCACCAUGGCCCCUACACCCCAGAUGUCCUUUUCUGGUCUGCUAUCUUGUUCUUUUCAACGUUCUUCAUGUCUGCCUUUCUCAAACAAUUCAAGACUAGCCGUUAUUUCCCCACUAAGGUGCGGUCUAUGAUCAGUGAUUUUGCAGUGUUUCUUACCAUUGUUUUUAUGGUCCUGAUUGACUUUGCCAUUGGAGUACCCUCCCAAAAGCUGAAUGUGCCAAGCAAAUUCCAGCCUACCAGAGAUGAUCGUGGUUGGUUCAUCAAUCCAAUAGGGCGAAAUCCAUGGUGGACAGCUUUGGUUGCAUCGAUUCCUGCUCUUCUCUGUACGAUCCUCAUCUUCAUGGACCAACAAAUAACUGCCGUUAUAGUCAACCGCAAAGAGCACAAACUACUGAAAGGCUGUGGGUACCAUCUGGACCUGCUGAUGGUGGGAGUGAUGCUGGCCGUAUGCUCCAUCAUGGGCUUGCCCUGGUUCGUGGCAGCCACUGUCUUGUCGAUCUCUCAUGUCAAUAGUCUGAAGCUGGAGUCAGAGAGCUCAGCUCCAGGGGAGCAGCCUCGCUUCCUGGGGAUCAGAGAACAGAGACUUACUGGCCUGGUCAUCUUCCUGCUCAUGGGCUUAUCUGUAUUCAUGACUAGAGCCCUCAAGCUCAUUCCUAUGCCAGUGUUGUAUGGUGUUUUCCUCUACAUGGGAGUGUCUUCAUUAAAAGGCAUCCAGUUCUUUGACCGUCUGAAACUGUUUGGUAUGCCGGCGAAGCACCAGCCAGAUUUCAUCUACCUGCGACACGUUCCCUUGAGAAAGGUGCAUCUGUUUACUGUCACCCAGCUCACGUGUCUGGUGCUUCUCUGGGUCAUUAAGACAUCACCGGCGGCCAUAGUCUUCCCCAUGAUGGUGUUGGCUCUGGUUUUCAUCCGCAAGGUGUUGGACUUGUGUUUCUCCAAGCGAGAGCUAAGCUAUCUAGAUGACCUAAUGCCCGAGUGGAAGAAAAAAAAUCUUGACGAUGCCUCGAAAAAGAUUGAAGAGGAGUCACAGGUUAUGCUCAGCACAAAUAAAGAAGAUUCGACUACAGUUCAGAUUCCCAUGGAGAAGACCAAGCCUGCUCAGGCUCCAAAAGCCCACGAUCCCAGGUGUGACCCCUCUGAUAUUAACAUAUCUGAUGAAAUGUCUAAAACCACCGUGUGGAAAUCUCUCAACACCAAUCAAAAGGACACUCGUCCUUUGACUGCUAAAAAGGUUUGAAGAGAUUGCAUUCAUCGAUGAGUAAAGGAUGUCCAGAUUCAUGACAGACUCGACUGCAUCUCUUGACUGGACAGGAUUUGGCUGCUUCAACCAUCAGCCACUUCAGUGCUCAGAAAAAGGAGUCUUUAGUUUCUACCAGCUACCCAUAAAACACAUGUUUCUCAGACACACAGGGAAAGUCAAGGGUGUAGAACAUCCAUCCAUUCACUUCUACCUUUGUGAAGUUUGUAAAUAUAUAAAAUAUAUAUACCGUACUACAUAUAUAUUGUUUAAUUUCCCUAAAUUCAAAUCCCUACCUACUUAUAGCUCUGGCCCUCACCACUCCUAUAUCUUAAACACCUUGGCUUGGAGUUUUGUUUUUAUUAGGCACAUAUAAUGUCAACCUUCUUACACCAUCUGAACAAUCUUAAACAAUAUUUAGCUGUGAGAUUCCAAUACUACUGAACGUCCAACUUUUAACUGAAUUGUGGAGAGCAGUGAUAUGGAGUUGUACUCUAGAGGCAAGUCCUGGAGCUUCUCCACUGACAGUCACAGAACUGUUUUCUGUUUCAAACCAUGCAGUCAUAUAAAGGUAACUGGGACGUACCAUUUCAAUUAACCAUACUGGUUCAUCUCCAAAAGAUGGCGGUUUUGUUUCAGCUUGUAUGAGUCAAAUUUAGUUUGCUUUUAACUAAAAGAACAGUACCAUGAAAACAGUGAGAGUGAAACAAAAUAGUAAAACCGUUAACCUGUACCGCUCCACAGAGCUGAGGCAAAGCGCAGAUUUAAGUAAUAAUUUAUUGCUGGUUAUCAAAAAACCUUGUGUCAACAAAAAAGUAAGCAAAAACAAUGAUAUGUUUAAUAUGGUUGAUUAUUUGGUAGACUCAUCAGAAAACGGGAAAUGAAAGCACCAUCAACAAUGUGCUUUUUGGGGUGUAAUGUUUCCUUUAUUGGGUGUUCAUCUUUAAAUUAAUGAUUGUGUAAGAAUCAAGUCUGUUAUACCGACAGCACCCUGUGUGUUUGUUUUCUGCUUGUAUUCUUAUUUAUUUACCUCAAACAAGGCCACGAAUACUCAUGUAAGGCAUUUUGGAUAACAUCAGGUAGGAAAAACCAGAAACGUGUGCGUAUCAAAAAAUGAGGGAGGCUUCAGGGUUUUAUUUUAAGCAAUAAUUUACCCACGCUCCACCCAAAACUAAUCAUACUGCAGCUUUUUAUUCUUCAGGAACCUUUCUUACUAGUGCAACUUUGUAUAUUCAUCUUGAGCUGGACUCUGAAGGCCUUCCUCGCACUUUCAUUACAUGUUACACUAUAAAACAGUUACAGUUAAUAAAGUGAAGCUAUUUGAGCAAUGUCAACUUCAUCUGAGACCUUUCAGUCUGCAUAAACAAGGUUGCACUGUAAUGUGGGCCCUUGUCUUUAAUAACCUUCAUUAGACCAACAGUCUCUGCUAUAGUUGCACUUUCUGUAGAUAAAGAAACGUUGAUAUAUUUUAUUUUAAGAAACUCUAUUAAGCAACCAAAUUAUUUUAAUAAAAUGUUACAGUUAUUUAUUAUUAUUAUUUAUUUUUAGAUACAAAGUCACAAAAUAUCCUCUUUGCUUUCUGUAUUCUAAGGCUGAAGAAUGCAGCACAUAACUAAUGCUUUGGUGAAUGUCUUGCCUCCAUACAGUCGUGGGAGACACCUGUUAUGUAAUAUAAUGCGGUCGACAAUAGAACUGGCCCAAUUGGUAAUGAAGAGUUUCAGGUCAAAGUUAUACAGCCAUUUCUGCCUGAAGUUCGCUAACAUUAGCCAUCAUGAAUUAACUUAGUAAUAUUUCACAAAUAACAAUAUCCUGUUAACAUCAGUUCAUUUUCAGGGAUACUUCCUGAACAGUCUUCAUCUGUUCUGUUUAAGUGAAUUUGAUCCAAAGUGCACAAGUAAUGUGUCACUGUAAAGGUGACACCUCUGUGACACGUGUGAAAGUUUGUGGAGUGUGACUCAUGUCAUGCACUUCUGCUUUGAUUCUGUCAGAUAUCUGAAUGUGAGUUGAGUGCAGCCGUAGCUAAAUUCAUUAAUAAAAUAUUAUUGUGUAAUCAUAUCAGUGAGUGCAAACAGUAGCUGAUGCUAUGUAAAACUAAGGGUAAAAAAAAGAGGAUUUGACCAAAAUGUAAAAUCACUGUUAAAAAUCCAGUGUUUAAGGAUUUUAAAUGUGCUGUUAAAAAAAAGAAUCUACAAGUUAUUUUGGUGACUUUAAACCUGUUGAUGUCUAUGUGAAUGUACGGUAAAUAUAAAGUAAAAUGCCUUCAUUGCACCGUAGAAUGAUUGCAUAAACAUGUAGCCAGGAGAUUCAUUCAUUAGGUGGAUGUGACUAUAAAUAUAUGUGCAAUACCAGUACAUGCGUGCCUGUCAUAGACUACAUAACCAUUUCUUGUUGUGCUGCCUUUUCCUGCACCAUUGACCUUACAUCCGCUUUUGUUUCUGGGUCCAGUUUUGGAUUGUUGUACUGAAUCGUUAUUUAUAUUUUCCUGCCCACUUCAUUUUUACAUGUAGGUAAAGGUGACAUCUGUGCACUUUGUCCUUGUAAUAAGUAUUAUGUGAAACCGAUGUCUAUUUCAAGGACGAGGUGACAGUAGAGGAAAAAUGUAGUUGUAGAGGGGGGAGAGGAAGUUUCCACUGAGAAGAAGAACACUUGUACCGCGGUAACAUUAAUCCUACAGUUUCGGAGCCAUAGAACGAGCGAUGCCUUGUCUCUUGUAUUAGUCUUGAAAGAAAUAAUUCUGUUUUAUAUGUAUAUCAAAUUAAAUUUUUGACAAUGGAAAUGGAAAAUAAAUAACUACAGGUAAA